UAUUUAUAGAUUCCUCAUGUUGUUCUCACCCGUGGCGCGCUUGGUGGAUUAUAUUGAAGAUUGCGAUCGGGAGAUGGAGUUAAGGUCCAUCUCCAGAUCAUCAUCACUGGCUAAUUCGGCCCGGAACUCCGUGGCGAGCAUCCACAGCACGGCUGCAAGGGCGUCGCCUCCUACUUCGUCACAGAAUCUGUCCCACUUCACAUACGCCGAUCACAGCAACACCACCUCUCCACACACAUUCACCCAGCACGAGCAAGUGCAGGCACCCUCCCGGCACACGACCAGCACACAACACUCCUACACCCCCCCAACCAGCACAAGCUCGUCUACUAGUAAUAGUGCGAACACCAGUGCCACUGCGCUGGGGUCGUUGACCGCGCCCGCUGGUGGUCCCGGUAUUGCGGGGACACCUGGCCCGGUCCCUCCCUCCCAUACUCAGGCCCAGCGGGGCUUCGAAGCCUUUUGCACCUUCCAGACUGAAGCAGGUGCGUAUCAAGUACAUACAGGCACAUGUGUAUAA